AUGAGCACUGCGACAGCAUCAAAGACAGCCGGUGGAAGUGUCGCUCAUACACGCGGUGAUCAAGCAUUAAGACCAAUAGAAAAUAGAAAAUCUCGUUUUUUACCCUUAUGGCCAGAAUGGAAUGAAGCCGAUGUUAAUGCUGAAUCAUGGGAUAUUGGAAGUGUAAAAAAGAAAGAUGCAGGAACAAGUAAAGCUCGUGUCGAUGUAAAAUCAGCUAGUUCAGCUAGUACACAUGGUUUUGAAGAUCCUGAAGGUAAAAUCGAACUUCCUCCAACACUUAAAGUCGAUCAAUGGAAAAGACCAAUCGAUAUUCUACCAUCCGAUAAACCUCCAGUAGUUGUUGAUUCUGAUCUUGGCAUGCAAAAUUUUGAUUUAGUCACACCAAAUGAACAUUUACAUUAUAGUGAAACCAUGCGUAACAUUAUUGGUCAGAUUACAGCAUUAUGGGAUAUUUGUCGACAAGAACGAAAAGCUAAUGCAACACCAGAAUAUACAACUGAAACAAAUCCAGCUGUUCUAAAUGGACGAACAUGGCGUCCUUGGGAACAUAUAUAUGCAUUAAAUAAAGUAUCGAGACAACCAUUUAUUACUCCAUACAAUCCCGCAGGCAAAUAUGUUGUUCGACUUUUCUUUUUGGGUGCUUGGCGAAAGCUUAUUAUAGAUGAUACAAUACCAUUUGAUUCUAAAAAUCGAUGUCUUCUACCACAAACAUCAUUACCAUAUGAACUUUGGCCUAUGCUUUUAUCAAAAGCUUUGUUAAAAAUAAUUACUCUUGAUUUUCGUUCAUCAAGUACAUAUGUUGAAUAUAAUGAAACAAGUAUUAUUCAUGCACUUACUGGUUGGGUACCAGAACCUAUUCCACUAAAAUAUACUCAUGCUACAAAAGUAUGGGAAUUUCUUCGUUAUGAUCGUUCAAAUAGAAUUGUUAGUGAAGGUGAUAGUGGAGUAAAUAAAACAGAACAACAACCAUCAAGUCCAUUGCCAGUUUUUGGACCUGUACCAUUAUUUAAAUGGCCUGAUACAAAAUCUGAUUCAUCUGAAGAAUCAUCUCUAUUACAUGAUCAAUUAGGUCAUCAAGAUGAUACUGGAACAGAAAUUCUGACCAAAAAAUCUGAUGAAAAAAGUGCCAAAAAAGCUGGUGCACCAGCUAGUUUAGCAGCAAAAGAUGCUGGUGCAAAAUCAGCAACAGGAAAAGAAACUCGAGCUGGUGGUGCAAAUCCUGGUGCAAGUAAAGAUGCUAAAAAACUAGGUGGUGUUGGUCGAGGAGGUACAGCAGAUGACCCAGGAACUGUAGCUGAGGAUCAGACAAUACCUGAAGCACCCAAAAUGAUUGUAUUUGCUACAAUACCUCAUUUAGAACCAACACGUAUUAGUUCUUAUGGUGAAACAGCAGAUAGAAGUGAACGAUUAAGACGUUAUAAUUUAAAUGAUACAUUUUCAACAUCAAUGUUGCUUACUUGUAUUCGAGAUCUUCCAUUAGAACCUCCGCCACCACCUGAAUAUGUACCUGCAUGGAAACUUAUUCGACCAAAAAAAACAAAAGUCUUACCACAUGCUGAACCAGUUGUUCCUCAAGAACCUAAACCUGAUCGUUGGAUUGAAAUAGCUUCUCCUUAUAUUAAUUAUCCAACUGCAAGUGCUCUUAAUAUGAAUGUAAAUACCCCAGCUCCUGGUGCAACAUCACGUUUAAGUCAUUCAGCAACACAUUCAACUGUAGCUGAUGUACCUGAAAUAAUCGAAGUAGAUGAAGAAGGAGAUAUUGAAAGUGGUGAAUCUAAACCUGAUAUCGAUAAUGACGUUGUUCAAGGUGAUUUAAGUCCAAAUUUAAUUAAAAAAGAUGAAUCAAUGUCACCUAAUAAAGAGUUAAAUGCUAUUGGUACACCAGAAACACCUGAUGAAUCUGUACGUGGUACAGGAAGUAAACUUAAACGUGAAAAAUCAGCUGAUAAAAGCAAAAUAAAUCGAAAAUUAGCUGGUAGUAAAUUGGAUCUAGCAAGUACAAAAUUACAAUCAGAUGCCGUAUCUGUUAAAAGUCGAGGUGCUGAAAGUGAACACCAUUAUACACCAUUGGAUACUCAUGGAACUGGAGAUAAUACAGAACAUCAAGAUUCUCAAUCAAAAACAAAUGAUGUUACUUCAAAUCCACGUACAAUUCAGCCAACUAAAAAAUCUUAUAUAACACCAAAAAUAUGGAUGGAUUUUGAGGAUUUUUGUUCAUGUUUUACAUCAAUUGUUGUUUAUCAUAAUCCUCGUGGUUAUCAAUAUACACAUAAGCAUACAGAAAUUAAGCCAAAUGUUGCUUCUGCAACAAAAGAAAAGAAAAAAGAACCAAGUCUACCUGUAACUCAACAAUUACCAAAUUUACAAGAUGAUAAAUCACCAUUAUAUUUAUUUAUUGAUAGUACACGUGAAAGAUUAGAUAAAAAUAUUGAAUUAAUUGUUAGUUUAACAUCUUUAUCUCGAUGGCUUGAUUCUGGUUCAACAGAUGGUGCAAGUCCGUUGGGUUCAAUGUUGCCAACAACAACUGAAAAAGUUGGUCGCGGUGCAGGUGCAUCAAAUGAUAAAGUAUCUGCAGAAAUUAGUCCAAUAAGAGGUGCAGGAAGUAGACGUCGAACAAGUACUUUGGAAACACUUCCACAAACACCCGGUCCACAUGUUAGCUUACAAGAUAGCAUGUCACAAAAAGAAAUAAUACCACAACCAACUUCACUUAUUGCUGAAAUUUAUUCUUGGAAAUCACUUUCAAUGGGUCAACCUAUUCUUCGUCUUCAUACGACAACUAUUAAAGCAUCUUUUCUUACAUUACCGCCAGGACGUCAUGUAUUAAAAUUUAGUGUUACAUGUCCAUUAGCUUGUCAUCUUCAAAUUAUGUCUGAUACAAAUGAUUUUUUAUUUGGUGAUGAAGAUCAAUUAUUAUCUAAAAUUGUUUCAGUACCAGAAGAUGCAGAAUUUAUAGCACGUGCUGAAGAAUUAUUUCUUGCAUUUGAUGAUGCUAUACAAAAUUUUAAUAAUCUAGAUCAACAAGAUGUUAAACUUAAUGAAUUAUUUCGCUUAUAUUGUGAAUAUACAUCACCAUUAUCGAAUCUCACUGUUCAAACAUGUUGGAAUGCAUUUAAUCAAGCACUUUAUUCAACUUUACGUACAAUAUGUAAUGGAUCUGGACAACCGCUUAGUGCAGAAACUCAAUUUGCUUGGAGAUGUUUUACAAAUGAUCUGACAACACCAGAUAUAAUGGGUGUGUAUGAAGCAGGACGACCUAGUACUUCAGGUGCAAGUCGUAAUUCAGCACGAGCUGGUAAUGCACCAGGUGCAGGUGGAACUGGUGCUGCAACAACAGGAGCAGCAGCUACAGGUAAAAAAGGUGGCGGAGGAAAAGAUAAAGGCUCAGAUGAUAAAGCUGCCACCAAACAACAAUCACAAUUAAGCACUUCAUUAUCUACAGCUGAACUUCAAGAAGAAUCAAUACCUGACUGGCUCAAUCAUGAUUUAACAUCAAAUGAAAUAGAAUGUAUUAUAAAUAUUCAAAAAGUUGCUCGAGGCUUUUUACAACGACGUAUAUUACUUGCUCGUACACCUGGUACAGAAAAAAAUUUACUUACACAACGAGCAUUACAAUCAACAAUGGCUAUACUUAAAGCUGAUGUAACAAAAUCAGCUUUACUUCUUUUUAGAAAUCUAAUGAUAAGCAAACCACAAUUAAUACAAUGUUUUCAAUUUCGUAAUGAUGAUUGGAAUAUGGUUUCAUAUCGAGAUUAUCUUGGACAAUAUUCAGAACAACCAGCAAAUACUUGGUUUACUCUAUUUCGAGAAAUUUUUUAUGUUAUUGAAGAAGGUUUUAUUUCUGGUAAAUUUCUUGCGCAUGUACAAAAUUCACUAUUACGUGUUAUUAAUAAUGAUACAUAUGAAGAAAUGACACUUAUCUUUAAUCGAUUAGCACCAUCAAUAUUUACAAAAAAUAAAUUGGGUUAUACAUUUUUUGCUGAAGGAAUAUCACUUGAUCAACCAAUAACAAGUGGUCGUUUUCGUCUACGUCUAUUAACAUCUUAUACACAUUUACCUGAACCACGUGUUGAUCAAAUAACAUCAUCAUUUAUUACAAAAGAAAUUAAAGAUUAUUAUGUUCCAAAUAAACAACAAACUAUAUGCAGAUAUCGUGUAACUAUUGCUGAUGAUGUUAAUCAAACUGGUCGUAAUUUUCAUUUGGCUAGUAUUCAAUUUAGUACAUCAAAAUCUGAUGUUUUAAUACGUUUAACUGUAUUAAAUAAUAAUGAUGAAGUUGUUAGUGUUGAAGGCAAAGGCAGUGUUGUUUUACCAGCAUUUUUAUUUAUGCGAGAUGUUACCAAUGUAGCAAGUAGUGUCGUGCAGGCACCACCAACUCAACCAUUGUCAAGACCACAAUCAAAAACAGGAGGAGCAAUUAAAAAAGAUUCUACUAAGGGUGCUGGUGGUACUACACAUCGAGGAAGUGUUGUUGAACCAUCAACUAUAGGUAGUGCUCGAUCGGAUAAAGAUAAAAGUGGAAGUGACAAGAGAAGUAGAUCAAGUAGUCGAACAGGCAUUUUUACAGAUGAAGAAGAAAAAUUUCAUAAAUAUGUUAUUCAAGCAACAGUUCUUCGUAAAACAUGGCCAUUGACACCAACUCAAUGGCAAUUUGUUGAACAAUUAAAAGAACAAGAAAAGAAUGAAUUAAAAAUUUUUAAUCGACAACCAUCAGCAACAAAAGCGGAUGGAACCACAGCAGGUGGAGCAGGUGCAGGUGGUAAACGAGCUGGACAAGCAAAUACAAGUACAGCAGCCACAGCUGGAAAAGGAAAAGGUGCUGCAGCUGGUGGUGGUACAGGUAAAACUGGCACGACAACAUCAGGUCGACCGGGUACAGGUAAAGCAAGUGCAGAAAAAACAAUCGAUACAAGCAAACCUCAUUGGAUAUUACGUGUAGUAUCCGAUGCAGAUAAAGCGGAUGAAUUAACCAUUAAAAAAGAUACAGAACGAAAUGAAGAAUUAAUUAAUAUGAAGAAAGCAUGGGAAACAUUUGAAGCUGGUCGAGCUCAAAAAGCCAUGAAAGCAAGACAAAAAUUUCUUGAUUCUUUACAACCAAAAGUCGAAGACCAUCCAUCAUCAGGUACACUAGAUGGUACAACAAAACGUCCUGAAAGUCGUGCUGGUGAAGAACCAUCUACUACAACUAGUGCAACUCCUUCAACUGUUGCAGCAACUGAACAACAACAUGUUGCUAAACAAACACCAGCUGCAGCAGGAUCAACAGCAAAGAAAAGUGCUUCAUCAACAGGAAAUAAAAAAGGUGCAGCUAAAGAAGAUGCAUCUAAACAAGCUGAAUUAACAGCAGCGCAACAAGAACUUACAUUACCACCACCAGUAGUUGAUGAACCUCUUCUUGAGCAACCACCACCAGCUAAACCUAAAAUUAUUUUACCACCACUUGAUGUUAAAUCUUUUGUCAAACAAAAAAUGCUUUCUGAUGAACCAGUUGUAUUAGAUCCUUUAUUUGAACAAGAAGAUUUACGUCGUCGUCAAACUGAAUUUCUUGAAUAUGCUAAAUAUGCCGAAGAAAUUCGUCAAUAUCGUGAAGAAGAUCAUCAUAAUCGAUAUAAAGAAAAAAUUCGUCAAUUAGAAGAAUAUGUUGAUUUACAAGCAAGAAUUGAUCAAUCCCGUCGUACAAUUAAUGAACCUCGUGAAGCAUUUCGACAACGUUUUCUUGAAGUUGAACGUAAACGACUUGCUGAAUUAGCUGCUCAAGAACAAGAAUUAAUAGCAGCAGCUGAAAAAGCAAAAGCAACUGCAGCUCCAGCCAAAGGUAAAGGUUCGGCUGGAAAGAAAGGAAAGAAAUAA